UCUUCCUUAAUCUGUUCUUCAGUCCAUUCUUCAGGUACCUGAACCCCCCGUAGGCAUGUACCAUACUCUCCGCCGGACUUGACCUUCGUCACCUUCUACAUCGCCCGCACAUCUUACAGAGUCAUGUGGUGGCGGCGAACAUAUUUGUUGCUCUUGGUAAUCCGGGUAUAUUUUGCGCUGUCACCAAGCUAUCUACACCCCGAUGAAAACUUCCAAGGUCCUGAGGUCUUUGCAGGUCGGAUUCUCUCCUAUCCAUCUCAACUCCCUUGGGAAUUCACUGCCGAUAAGCCGAUCCGUAGCGUCUUCCCACUAUGGCCGAUCUACGAGGUGCCAAUGAACUUUUUGAAAUGGUUCUAUACGGAAACUGGGGCCCAAAAUCCUCCUCCACAGCUAGUCUACUUUGUGCUGCGCGGGGUCAUGUUUCUACUUAGCUUUGUCUUAGAAGACUGGGCGGUAUAUGAGCUGGUUCCCUUGCCGCGCCAUCGCCGCGCGACGGUGGUGCUGGUGGCAUCUUCGUAUGUCACCUGGACAUAUCAGACGCACACCUUCUCAAACUCACUCGAGACCCUCUUGGUGACCUGGAGCUUAGUUUUGAUUCGUCGCAUUGCUGAAAAUAAGCGACAUCCUUCACUUUUUUCUUGCGCUGUGUUGUCGUUGAUCGCAGUCAUAGGUGUAUUCAACAGAAUCACCUUUCCUGCCUUUGUGCUCGUUCCAGGACUCCGACUGCUCCCUAACCUUUGGCAUAGGCCUUCAUCUUUCCUUUCGAUCGUUGGAUUUGGCCUGGGCUUUUUCUGCCUUGCCGUCUUGGUUGAUACGAAGUUCUACAGCUCACCUGCGACUUUCUGGGACGCCCUUCACAGUCCUGUAAUUACUCCGAUCAACAAUCUGCUUUAUAACUCCGACAAGUCUAAUCUGGCGCUUCAUGGACUCCACCCUCGAUACCACCACUUCCUGGUGAAUUUACCACAACUACUAGGCCCGGCAUAUUUAGCAAUGAUCUUGUCAUUAUUCAACUUCUCAGCCGUUCCAUCUUGGCUUAGGGAUAUGCGCGCAGUCUCGGCCAUCUCGGCAACUGUCAUGCUUUCAAUAUUCCCUCACCAAGAACCCAGAUUCCUGCUUCCUUGUGUCCCCCUUCUCCUCAGUUGUUUGCGCAUACGCAACACCCGGAAUUCCCGGUGGUUCCUAGUCGCCUGGGCCAUCUUCAAUGCUAUCCUAGGGUUCCUCAUGGGAGUAUACCAUCAAGGAGGAGUUGUGCCUGCACAGCUGGCGAUGCCGUCUAUCAUUUCAGAAAGCGUACGUGGGUCAGACCUUGGCUCGCUCAAUCCUCGGCUCGAAACAGAUGCCACCGUGCUCUGGUGGAAAACGUAUUCUCCCCCACUUUGGCUUCUGGGAAAUGACACCACCCUUCCAGUAGAUAUCCGAACUCGAGACUUGAUGGGAAUGCCAGGAUCAGAAGUGGUUGAAGAACUCGACAAAUUGGUACCUUUAUGUCACGAGAAGGAGCAAGCUGAAAGCCAAGGCGUGUCUUCACCCUUGGUGUUCGUGGUUGCCCCCAAGUCUGCUACAUUCUUGGACCAAUAUGUUGCUCCUUUGGCCUCGUCGUCCGACCCGUCGGAUCUAGAGCUGCAUGAGCUGUGGCACUGGAGCAAUCACCUCAAUUUAGAUGAUCUCGACUUUGGUGACGACGGCAUCCUGCCGACACUCAAACGAGUGACUGGGAGAAGAGGACUGGCUGUGUGGGGAGCACGGAGAGUUGGAUGUGCUUGACUUAAGUCCUAGCCACAUCAGCUCACACUGAUCACCUGGUGCUGGAAGCGAUGGUUUUCACGGGUUUGACAUCGGCUUACCUCAUCGAAUCUAAGUUCACUAACUUAACCAUUCUUGCCCUUUGAUAUUCUCAUUGCCUUGCUUUUCUUUAUAUCUUCACAUGCCAACCUCAUAGUGAGCUGUCUCUUCGAUCUUCACUAUCUUCUUGUCUAUUCAUCUCAUUCGCCU